GGUACAUAGAGGUACCUACUUUGGUGGGUAGGUACCUUAGGUUAGGUACUUUGCAUUAUCUUAUCGAUCUUAUCGCACCGCACUACGAAGAACCAAGCAGCAUAGGUUAGGUACCUCAGGUAUUUAAACAAAAAAGUUCCCCACGUCCCCCUGCUACUACAGCUAGCUACCUCCAAUAAACAUUCAUCCCGCAUCAUCCCGCAGCAUCCCGCAUCUCACAUUUUGCAUUUCGCAUUAGCACGAUCUAGAACAACCACCUCCAUCAACUGAAGCUUAUCUCUAAGAAGCGGAGACUUUCUUAUUGCGCUACCAAAUAUCCAGCUUGUCGCCAUGUCGAAGCCGUCGCAGCUACGCUCUCUCUACCGAUCACUCCUUCGAGAACUCCCUCCCAGACCAGCCCCCUCCCCCUCGUCACCAUCUUCUGCACAAGCCCGUUCGCCCCUACACCAACGUUUAAGACAAAGCUUCUCCGAACCCGCACCUCACGAGCAUGCCGUUGCCCAAGCCGAUCAGCUAGUACAGUAUCUCAAGGCGCAGAGGCAGUAUACGACCCUUCUGGAGAGAUAUAACCCCGGCAUGAACAUGGACGAGGAAGAGCGCGUGAGGCUGACGGCGCGUCGGGUCGGCAUGGAUUUACCAUUGGAAUACCAGAAACAAAAUACGAACAGUUGAACUACAGACUAUAUCACCGAAGUAUAUGAAUCCUAUGCCUGAAGCAGUGGCAUUUCGUUUAUGAGCACCGCGAAACUCGGCUUAGCAAUAUCCUAGGCUUCUUAGGCCGGGCUUCACAAGAAAAUACACCCCCGAACAGCGAUGCGCUAUGAUCGCAAGUCUGAUAGGGCCAUACUUUUGGAAUGGUGCAGGUAGUCCUCAACGCAUUUUAUAUAUAAUUAACAGGAUAUCUAAUACGUUAUGAACUAUAUAAACUACCAAUCUAAU